AUGACAACCUUGAAAAGAAGCUUCGUGUAUUUGAAGCAGCUCCGCUGCAAUUCUGAUUUAUCCCCCGUAUCCUUGGAGAACAUCAAGACGAAGAAAUUUGUUCUGGUACACGGUGAAGGAUUUGGAGCUUGGUGUUGGUACAAAAGCAUUGCUCUACUCGAGGAAUCUGGACUAGUUCCGGUUGCCUUGGAUCUAACAGGCUCUGGCAUUGAUCUAACGGACACAAACACGGUCACCACCCUCGCAGACUACUCAAAACCGUUGAUUGAUUACCUACAGAAAUUACCAGAUGACGAAAAGGUGAUCCUGAUUGGUCAUAGUAGUGGAGGUGCUUGCAUUUCUUACGCGUUAGAGCUUCUCCCAGAGAAAAUCUCCAAGGCCGUCUACGUGUGUGCUACAAUGGUGUCUAAUGGGCAGAAACCCUUCGAUGCUUUUGCUCAAGAGCUUGGUUCAGAAGAGCUAUUUUCGCCCGAAUCAAAGUCUCUGAUUUAUGGCAACGGUAGGGACAAGCCCCCAACGGGAUUCGUGUUUGAGAAGCAGCAUAUGCAUGGACUAUACUUCAACCAAUCUCCUUCCAAGGACGUGGCUCUAGCUAUGGUGUCCAUGAGACCAGUCCCUCUUGGUCCGAUGAUGGAGGCACUGUCCUUAUCUGACAAAUACGGAGCCGGUUGGUUGGGGCUGAUUAUGAGUUUUGAUCCUUUGAUAAUGUUGGGAUUCUAGUCAGAUAUCCAAGCUGCAGAUGAAGAUUAUGAUUUGCAAUCCAGUGAAUAAUUUAUCGAAGUGACAUUGGCUUAUAUUUCUUUCCCGGAGUUGUAGAGAGCCCGAAGGAGUAUUAUUUCUUCCUGGUAGAUCAAAUAAUUUCGACGAACUAUGCAUUGAGGAAGCAGAUUGCAGAUGUUGACCUAUUGGUUUUUAGUUCCAAACUUCUACAUGCCAAUUGUCAAUGUUGGUCUAAAAAUUAUUUCUUAUGGGGAGUAUUUCAUCGUCUGAAACCAAAUAUCACAAUAUGCUCAGACAAAUACAGUUUUGGAUUCGAUAGUGCAACCAUUAGAUGGCCUGAAUCACGAGCAGAGUCGGGUGCACGACAGUAACAAAGUUGACAUGGAGACUUGUAGGUUUUUUUUAUGGAUAUUGGAGAUGUUGUAAAGUAAUGGAUCUUAUUUUUGGAUUAUGGAUGGUUGAUUAUUAUCAAAUGAUUAAAUGAUAUCUACAAUGUGUAAAUUUAUUUUU